UUUUUUUUUUUAUUUUUUAUUUUAUUAUUCUUUUCCUUCACUUAUUAUUAUGGACAUUCGUAACUUGUUGAAUCAAGAACAUCAACACCAAAAGCAACAACAACAUUACCAACAACAUUAUCAUCACCAACAUUUUCAACAUCGUCAACUUGAUCAAUAUCAACCAAAUCACCAUCACUAUUUUCAUUAUUCAAUUUCUACAAAUAGCACUAUGAACGUGACAAAUGAAGAUAAACCGUUUGAAUGUACUUGGCACGCAUGUGGAAAAAGUUUCUCUCGUCGUUCGGAUUUAUCAAGACAUAGACGUAUUCAUACUGGUGAACGACCUUAUCAUUGUGAAUGGAUAGGAUGUGGAAAGCAAUUUAUUCAACGAUCUGCUCUUACAGUACAUUAUCGAACUCAUACUGGUGAAAGACCUCAUGUUUGUGAAUAUGAAGCUUGUGGAAAAUCUUUUAGUGAUUCAUCCUCUUUAGCAAGACAUCGACGUACACAUACUGGAAAGCGACCUUAUGUAUGCCAUCAUCCAGACUGUGGCAAAUCAUUCACUAGAAAAACGACAUUGUCAAGACAUCAACGCUGCCAUGAUCCUGAAUGGAAAUCCUCGGGUAAUAAUCGACUAUCACCGCGUCAGUACCCAACACCUAGUUCUCCUACAAGCAACAGCGAUUCUGAAACUGACUCUCCUAAUAGUCCUCCUAUGACACCAUCCGACCAGGUACAAUUCCGUACAGUGCCACCCUUGAUUGCUCCUGUUGUACAUCGGCUUCAUCAUUCUCCACCUAGUUUUCCUAAACUGUCUCCUCGUCACGAUUUGAUGGAUCCUAUUUUCACCUUCAAAGAUACUGCUCGACCUUAUCUUUAUCAUUGAACAUUACUUGUGAAUGGAUUAUUGGAUUGAUACAUGAAUAUUCGGAUGGAUUACUUUGCCUUACAAUCACUUUAUUAGGAUGAAUGGAAAGUUAGUCUACCUAUAGUCUCUCCCUCUCUCUCUCUCUCUCUCUCUCUCUCUC